UAUUCCGCCGAAUCAGCUGUUGAUAUUGAAGCCUUUAUCUUUUAGAAAAGGGGUUUACGGUUGCAGCUGGUUCCUGUUUGCAGAAGGCAUUGGCUGCAGAUAUGAUGAGACUUCAUGGAGUCCAGAACCAACAUUGAGGAAUCCCAGGGCAUGUCACUGUGCCACCAUCUCUACUGCCCUACUGGUAGGACAGAACAUACCCAGUGUGGAAGUCGUGUCUAAGACAUUGUCAUCAAGAACUGGAGUGAUGUUAAGGAACACAAGAAUUAAAGAAAAUACUGCAAAUGUGCGACCAUCGGAAAAAACAUUUAUCUUUAAUUUCAAGACAGGACAUCAGUCAUGUGUGCUGACUGCACCCAUCCAGAUUCCUAUGCAAGGAAGUAUCAAUGAUUUACAUGGCCGUCUAAUGCUCUUACAUAAUCUUCCUUAUUUUAUUGACAAUGACUUAAAAAAUUCUCUUGAUCAGUUUGUUAAUGAAGAAACUAAGAAGACCUAUGAUGAAGAAGCAGAAGCUGUUUUAGAGAAACUAAAAACGAGUGAUGUGCGUGCUGAACAGCUUGUUAAUACUUGGGCUAAAGCUUAUCAAGAGACAACGUUAGAAUACUCUAAGCCUGAAGAACCUAGUUGGGAUGAAGAUUUUGCAGAUGUUUAUCAUGAUUUGAUCCAUUCUCCAGCCUCUGAAGCUUUACUGAAUUUGGAACAUAAUUAUUUUGUCAGAGUCUCAGAACUUAUUAGUGAAAGAGACAUGGAAUUGAAGAAACUGCAGGAAAGGCAGUCUGUGGAAAUGGAUAAAGUAAUGCAAGAACUAGGGAAAAGCCUUACAGAUCAAGAUGUAAACUCAGUUGCUGCUCAGCAUUUUGAAUCCCAACAGGUAUUGGAGAACAAGUGGGCCCAUGAGCUGAAACAAUUAAUGGCUAUUCAAAAACAAGAGUAUCAAGAGUGGGUAAUAAAACUACAUCAAGACAUGCAAAAUCCGAACAACAGUGCAGUCAGUGAGGAAAUCAAAGUAAAACAAAGUCAGUCCACUGUAGCAAAUGAACGAAUGAUUGAAGAACGACCUCUGUUGGAAGAAAGCUUUACGAUACACCUAGGUGCCCAGUUGAAAACUAUGCAUAACCUACGGCUAAUGCGAGCUGAUGUUCUUGAUUUCUGUAAACAUAAGCGGAAUCAACAAAGUGGAGUUAAACUUCAAAGGCUACAAACUGCCCUUUCGCUGUACUCCACCUCUCUCUCUGGCGUUGUCUUACUUGUCGAUAAUCGAAUCAAUUCCUAUAGCGGCAUCAAACGAGAUUUUGCAACAGUUUGCCAAGAGUGUACGGAUUUCCAUUUUUCGAGAGUAGAACAACAACUUGAGAUUGUCCAGCAAGUUGUACUUUAUGCAAGUGCUCAGCGUAACAAGAAGACGAAGGAAAGAUCUGAGUUACCAAAUGGAAAUGGAGGAAGUGAAGAUAAGUCAAAGAUUGGAGAAAGAAAUCCAUCAAAUAUUUUACCAGGAGAAUUUUAUACCACAAGACAUUCUAAUCUUUCUGAAGUUCAUGUUGUCUUUCACUUGUGCGUGGACGACAAUGUGAGAUCAAGCAAUAUUACAGCACGUGAUCCUGCAAUUAUGGGCUUGCGGAACAUUCUGAAAGUCUGCUGCACUCAUGAUAUUACUACAAUAACUAUCCCACUUUUAUUGGUGCAUGAUAUGUCUGAGGAGAUGACUAUACCUUGGUGCCUGAAAAGAGCAGAGCUUGUCUUUAAGUGUAUAAAAGGUUUUAUGAUGGAAAUGGCAUCCUGGGAUGGGGGAACUUCUCGCACAGUUCAGUUCCUUGUGCCACAGCUUCUUAGUGAACAACACACAAGCAGAAGGUAUCAAGAUUGCCAGACACACCAUCUCUCUAUCUGCCCCUGCAAUGAAAGAUGACUAAUCUCUCUCAACAUUUGCUAUAAACUGGUGCCUCAAAGGAGUGACUACAAGACUGAACGAUUAAUGUAGUAACCAUCAAAACUCAGGAUUGGAAGAAGAAAAAGGGAAACCUCAUCAAAUCCUGUGAACUAGUGCAAAUGAACUGUGUUCCCCAGUAUUUCUCCCUCCUAUCAUAACAGCAGUUUGUUUGUCCAUAUGUAUGUAUAGGAUUUAAGAUUGGAUUGAGCUUAAGCUAGCACAAUUAUAAGAUGAUAAUUCAUAUUUUGUUUUCAUGUAGGUAGAACUUAUUUCUUUGUAAUAACUAGUUGUUUCUUGUUAAAGAAACCUGGUCAGUGUUUUCUAUUAACCAGACUCCAUCACCUGAGUAAGCUGGGGCACUGAGUAAUUUGAUUAAGUCUUUAAUUUUUGUAAUGAUCACAGAGCAGUGAGGUUCAAGUAUCAGAGUACAUUCUCAUGACCAUGAGUGCAAAUUGUUCCCUUUAUUUACAGGAACAAGCGCAGUACCUUGUUUUCUGCAACACAUUAAAUACUAUGAUAUCCAAGCAGCUAUGUACACUGAAAUCUACUAAGCUCAUCUGAGUAAUAACUGAAGACUAUUUCCUCCACACUGUUCAGCACUUUUGUAAACUUACUAAUAAAUAAAAAGGUGUAAAAUACUGUUACGUGAAGGAAAUCUUAAUUUUGCUGGCAUUUUCCUGUGGUCAUCUGAACUGUUUCAGUAUAGUAAUAUUCUAUUGAGAGUAUAUGUUAAUGUUUGAUCACCUAUGUGCAGCCAUAGAAAAUUGUGUGGGAGGACCUUAGUCUGUUCAAUGAUUCUCAGAGCCCCAGAAAUAGGAGCAGGAUUAGCCCAUUUGAACCUGCUUAUCCUUCAAUUUGAUCAUGGCUAAAUAUCCAACUCAGUAUCCUGUUCUCACUUUCUCCCUCUAUCCUUUGA